AUGCAUGAACACAAACGCAGUACUACGGUGAGCAGUGCAGUGUACGUUCCUCCGUUUAAGUGGUCGUCGGAGAAUCAAACCAGCGGCGGCGGCGGCGGUGUUGAAUAUCAGAAGCGUAGAAUCAAUGGGUUGAUGAACAAAGCAAACCCUACCAACAUCAAGAAUUUCAUAAUCCCUGCUUUAUUGGCCGAAGAUCUGACACGUGGCAGCAAGGGUUUAUUCUGCCGGUCGUGUAUCAAAUCUCAAGUUGCUUCUCCGAUUUUCACGCCUCUAUUCGCGGCGUUAGUUGCUGCCGUGAACUCCAAGUUCCCGGAAACCGGGCUUCUUUUGCUGCGCAUGUUAGCACUGCAGUUUUGGAGGGCGCACUUUAGCAAAGACAGGCGGCUACUAUCCGCUUCGGUCAGGUUCGUAGCGCACUUGGUGAACCAGCGUGUGGUCAACGAGGCUAUCGCUUUCGAGCUGCUGCUGGACAACUUGCUUUUUGGAAAUCCAAGUCUUGAUUGUGUUGAGGUGGCUGUUUGCUUGGUUAGAGAAUGUGGCUCCUUUCUUCUAGAAGCUUCUCCUACGGAAUUGGACCGUGUGUUCGCGCGGUUGCGUACGGUUCUUGCUAAGGAUGAGAUGGAUAACCGUGUCCGGUUCAUGAUCGAAGAACUCUUUGCGCUGCGAAUGAAGAGUUUCGAGGGGCAACCGGCUGUUGUUCCGGAGUUGAAUGUAGUGGAUAACGAAGAACAAUGGAUUACUCAUCGGGUUUCCGUGGCCGAUGAGAUCGAAGCAGAGGUCGACGCAGAGGUAGACGAAGACAUGAUCGAAAGACUCCGCGCGCUGCAAAUAGCGAAUUUUGUUGCUCCGGAUAAAGAAGAACAAUUGAUUACUCAUCAGGUUUCCGUCGUGGUCGAUCAGAUGGGAAUUGUGAAGGACGAGACGGAGAAAAAUUUGAUCCAUUUUCGAAGAAGUAUACAGCUGGCAAUUACGGACAGUGUCGAUUACGAAGAAGCGGGGAAUAAGCUGUUGGGAAUAAUCAAGCCAGGUGAGGAGAUGGAGCUGUGUACUGUGUUUUUAGAGUGUUGCGGUAGUGAGAGAAACUACCGGCACUACUACGCGCUUUUAGGGCAUCGUCUUUGUGCGGUGAACGAAGAUUAUCAGGCGGAGUUCCAAAAGUGCUUUGUGAAGCAAUAUCAGACGGUCGACAGCUUGGACAUUAACAAAAUGCGGAAUCUUGCGAUGCUUUUGGCUCAUUUACUCGCAAUGGAGGCGUUGACUUGGCGUUUUUUUAGGUUCGUACCGUUGACCGUAGAGGGUACGACUUCUUCUUCUCGUGUUUUCCUCAAGAUCCUGUUCCAGGAACUAUCCGAGUUUCUUGAACCUCGCGAGCUGAACGAGCGUCUUACGCAACACUGUUCGGAAACCGCUCGGUAUGCUGUUGAAUUGUUCGAUUACAUCGGGCUUCGCAGUAAUGCGAAGAACUUGCGACAAUAUUUCGAAAACAUGGAAAAGGCAAAAUCUUAG